CCUUCGAAGAAGCUCCAAGCCGGUGGGCACAUCAGUGCGCGGACACAGUCUUCGCAGCACGGUCGUAGACAGACGCAGAAAUCGCGCGGAGCGUAUCGCAGAAACGUCUCGUACAGUUCGCGUGGGGUUUGGCGUGCGAGAAGAAGCAGUUUAGCGCGCGCUAGAUUGGUGGGUUUGUGUGGAGUGUGUUGGGGUGAUCCGGUUGGUGGUUCCUGGGUGGAUUUAUCUGCAAGAGAGUGAAGUGUGGAUGAAGGAGGGCUGAGACGGUUUUGGAUUGGAUUUUAGCAUUUAACUCGAAGACAGUUAUCCGUGAAGACGUCAAGCGUUUUCCAGAACAAUAAUGUGAUGUGAGAACGAACCUAGCUAGGAAGAAGAUGCAAUUCAACACUAUUGGAAGAGAGAGGAAGGGUUCAGUAAGCGUCACUAAUGUCACCAACUGGUUCUCGUCCCUCAAGAGGAACAAGAAGCCUAAGAAUGGCAUCAAACAGGCGAAUCAGUCGAGGAGUGUUUGGGACCUGUCAACCUUGUCCAGAAGGCAACUCAAAGAUGAACUCUGCGAGGUGGUCUCGGAGAUGGAAUCCCUGGACACAGGGGAGGACGGGAAAAAUAGCAACAAGGCCAAGAUGAUGUCGAUCGGUCGGAAGAAGUUCAACAUGGACCCGAAGAAGGGCAUCGAGUUCCUGAUUGAGAAGGGCCUGCUGCAGCUCACCCCAGAGAGCGUGGCGCAGUUCCUGCACAAGGGCGAGGGCCUGAACAAGACCGCCAUCGGGGACUAUCUGGGCGAGAAGAAUGACUUCAACGAGAACGUCCUACAGGCGUUUGUUAAUCUGCACGACUUCACCGAUCUUAUCCUGGUACAAGCUUUACGACAAUUCUUGUGGAGCUUCAGACUACCGGGCGAGGCGCAGAAGAUAGACAGGAUGAUGGAGUGCUUCGCUAAGCGGUACUGCGAUUGCCAGGGCGAGAACAACAUUUUCGAAAACUCCGACACUUGUUACGUUCUCUCCUUCUCCAUAAUCAUGCUGAACACCAGCCUUCACAAUCCCAGUGUGAAGGACAAGCCGACGGUUGAGCAGUUCAUCAACAUGAACCGCGGUAUAAACCAAGGGCAGGAUCUUCCCAGGGAGUUGUUAGUGGGUCUUUACGACAGCAUAAAAGCAGAACCUUUCAAAAUACCAGAAGACGAUGGAAACGACCUGAUGCACACCUUCUUCAACCCUGACAAGGAAGGAUGGCUUUGGAAGCAGGGCGGAAGGUACAAGAGUUGGAAGAGGAGAUGGUUCAUCCUCAACGACAAUUGCUUGUAUUACUUCGAGUACACAACGGACAAAGAACCUCGUGGUAUCAUCCCGUUAGAAAACAUUUCUGUUCGCGAGUGUACCGAUCGGCAAAAACAGCACUGUUUCGAACUUUACGCCAGUGGGGGCGCAGACUUCAUAAAAGCAUGUAAAACUGACUCGGAAGGUAAAGUCGUAGAAGGUAAACACACAGUGUACAGGAUGUCAGCGAGCAGUGAAGAAGAAAAGAGUGAGUGGAUGAACCGUUUGAGGCAGAGUAUUAGUCACAACCCCUUUUACGACAUGUUGGCUAGUCGGAAGAGGAAAGCUCAACAUCACAUGCUACAGGGAAAAAAUUGAUUGACGAGAGUGCGUAGAUUCUUGAGUUCGUGUAUGGAUUACUUCUAUUCCCGUUUAUACUUACCAUUGCAGAAUAAAUUCGAAUUGUUUUGAAUUUUUCUAAAGUACAAAUUUUAUGUGGUUUUAAAAAGUAUCUCACAAAAUUUUAUUUGGAAGAAUCAACAUCAACUAUAUCGGCAGCAUAAAACAAAAGUUUAUAUUGCUAUUACCACUGAUUCCAUUUACACUUGAUGAUUGAUUUGUAACCGAAUAUUAGGUUUAAAAGUCAAUAUGUCAAACGAUAUGACAUUUGUAUCAUUAACUGUCACUUAUCCAAGUGAUCAUUAUGAAUUUUCUUCUACAAUAAUUUUAUUGUGAUUUUUUAAUUCUGUUGAAUGAAUGAAAAUAUUAUUUGUAGCAUUAUUUUAUGCAGAUCUUCAAUAGAUACAACAUUUUUUGUGAUAUAUAGAAAUAAUAGUAACUUUUUGGAUGAAUACAUGUUUAAAAUUUGAUUGGUGAUAUUGAAGAUCUGCGUUAAAAAUGCCGUCCAAGAAAUUUUCUUUUAAAAUCUUCAUACCUAGUGACUGACCAAGGCUAGUGUUUGUUAUAUUUAGCUUAAUGGUAUAUUCAACACCAAGAUUUGCAAUAGUUUGAAAAUUUACAUUGGUGUGCCAUAGCACCUAAAUUGAAGCAAAGUGAUACUGACCAACUGUAGGUAAAGGAGAAUAUAAUUUUUAUGAAGGCUUGCUAAUGUUUUGAGUCUUUGUAUUAUAUUUUGUACAUAGUUAUUGUCUUGUGAAGGUGAUCAAUAAAUAAUCUUGAGCAGCGAAUUAAUGUUCUGAUAACGCAUAUCAGUUCCAUUUAAAUGUUUUGAAAAACUUUUCUCAUUAUAUUUCGUACUAAUUCACAUAAGGAACCUAUUUCAUAUUUUGAAUAUUCCAUGUAAUCUCACACAUAAUAUAUUAUAUUUGAAUAUCGCAUAGACAAUACAAUUUAUGAAACUGUUCAUGUUUCAUCUUCUACAUAAUAUAUUUUCUAAUUUUUCUGUGAAAAUAUUUUUAUCUUUUGCUAGUUAAUUUUUGGUGGAAUAAACAGUAUAUUAUUCCUAGUCGAUAAGGUGAGGAAAGGAAUUUGUGCCGUUAUUUAUGUUAAUUUUUUGUAAGAUAUAUUUAUUGAAGUUUGUUUCAUAGUGUAUAAAAGAUAUUGUAGAAAAUUAUAAAUUCUGUUCUUUGUGUAAAUAAAUAUUAUUUGUAAAA